CCUGCGCCCGGCACCAUGAAGCAGGAGUCCGCAGCCCAGAGCAACCCACCUCCCACUGUCCCUGCACCAUCGCGCAGCCCUCCUGGAGGACGGCGACCCCAAGCCCUGUGGAUUUUCGGGUGCUCCCUAGUAUGGAAGCCGGACUUUGCCUACAGCGACAGCCGUGUGGGCUUUGUACGGGGCUAUACGCGGUUCUGGCAGGGAGACACUUUCCACAGGGCAACGACAGAUGCUGGCCGAGUGGUGACUCUCCUUGAGAUCCACUUGGGAGGCAGACUAGGCGUAUCUUUGUGAGUUCGAGGCCAGGAGCAGGUGAACGGCCUGAAGUAUCUGAAUGUGCGAGAAGCAGUCCUCGGAGGCUAUGACACUAAGGAAGUCAUCUAUCCUCAGGAUGCCCCUGACCACCCCUCACAGCACUGGCCUAUGUGGCACCCCACAGACCCUGGCUACCUGCCCUGACCAGAGGAGGUCAUUGCCACACAGAUUCUUGCCUGCCGGGGCUUCUCUGGCCACAACCUGGAGUACUUACUGCGUUUGGCCGACUUCAUGCAGCUCUGUGGGCCUCAGGCCCAGGACGAUCACCUGGAAGCCAUUGUGGACGCUGUAGGAACAAUGCUGCCCUGCUCUUACCUCACCGAGCAGGCUCUGGCACUGGUUUGAGAAGCCGAGCCCUGCAGGAGUGUCCGUGAGGACGCGGAAUGAACAGCGACAUGUAGUACUUGAGACAGACUUG